AAAUUAUGAAAACUCGAAAACGUAAUAAAAAAGGUAAAAUGUAUAAAACAAACCCCUAUAUUAAUAAAGUAAUAAAAAACCUGAACAAUAAAAUUAAAGAGUUAUAAAAUAUAUAACACUAAGAUAUAGAUUGUAUAUUUAAAUUUAUAUAAUAAUAUCAAAAUUAAAUAUUUAUAAAAUAAAAAUAUAUCCGCACGAUGUGCGGGGUAAACUCUAGUUGAUGUUAUAAAAACUUGAUUUGACUUGAGAAAUAUAUCUUUAGCAGAAAAAGUCAAUGGAGAAUCCAUUCAGCAUUCAUGUUUGGACAAAGACACUUUCAGAAAAUAAACUGAAGCAUUCAUAAUUUCAUAUAUGGUUAAUCUGACAGAUUCACUCUGUGAGAUUUCCGUUUUGAAGUUUAUCAUAAUACCUUUUUAAACUUUUCCGUAGAAAAAAUUAAAGCCAUCUGGUUUUAUAAAAUCGAUCAUUAGUAAGAAGGUUCAAAGCUAUACGAAUCACUUCUUUCAUCAUAGGAAAAAUAAGACAACGUCGCCAUGGUCAGAUUAUUCUUAACCUUUGCGAUUUUGUGUGGCCUUUACAAUGAAGCCUACGGUAAAUCUUCUAUAGAUAUAGAUAUGAAGUUGAAGGCUCUUAAUAAGCCAGCGUUGAAGACCAUCAAGAGUGAAGAUGGGGACAUUAUAGAUUGUGUAGAUAUCUACAAACAACAUGCCUUUGAUCAUCCCGCCUUAAGAAACCACAAAAUUCAGAUGAAACCAAGUGUGGUGUUUGGUACAACGAAGACCACUAUACCAAACAACGGUACUUCUAAACCAAUCACUUCUCAGAUUUGGUCCAAAUCUGGAACUUGUCCCAAAGGGACAGUACCUGUUCGUAGAGUCAGUAGAGAAGACAUAAUGAGAGCCUCCUCACCGUCUCAUUUUGGAAGAAAAACUCCUCGAAGAUACGACUUUCUCGACAACGCACUUAAACACAAGGGUAAUUUCAAUAUAACAGCUGAAAGAAUACGCCAACCCCGCCCAAAGGACCGAUCGGAGGCGAUCCUUAUCGCUAUAGGGUACAAUUAUCUUGGUGCUCAAUCUGAUAUAAACGUCUGGAACCCUCCGGGAGUCCAGUUUAACGACUACAGUUCUUCUCAGAUAUGGCUGCUUGCUGGCCUCUCAGAUAAAUUUGAGACCAUUGAAGCUGGUUGGGUGGUGAAUCCACACGUUUUCGGAGAUUCCCACACACGCCUAUUCACCUACUGGACUAAAGACUCAUACGCUACAACAGGCUGCACCAACCUCUUGUGCUCCGGUUUUGUCCAAACAACAACUAGAUUCGCCCUGGGUGCAGCCGUAGAGCCCGUUUCAACUCCCUCGAGUGAACAAUAUCACAUCACUGUUAGCAUGUACCUGGAUCCGAACACCCUAAACUGGUGGUUGACUUGCGGAGACAACGUGAUAGGGUACUGGCCGGGAAAUCUCUUCACAUACUUAAAACACAGCGCCACCGCAGUGCAGUGGGGUGGAGAAGUGUAUAGCACUAACGUGAGGAAGAAGCCACACACAAAAACUACAAUGGGAAGUGGAAGAUGGCCAUCUUACCUCUAUGGCGAAGCUUGUUUCCACACCAACGUUAGGAUCAAAGACUAUUCCCUGCAGAUUAAGUAUCCCCCGUAUCUAUCCGAGUACUCUGAUGAGUAUGAUUGUUAUUCUACAAAGCUUAACCGGGAAACGUAUAGGGCAGAGCCUGUUUUCUUCUUUGGAGGACCUGGUCAGAAUCGAUUUUGUCCUUAACUUUAACCUUUGUAGGGAUCAAUAUAAAGUGUGUUCAAUAUCUAGAUGUAAAACUGAUGAACUUAUUAUAUGAACGUAAUGAAUAAAACAUUUUUAUGCAUCAGUUUGUUAGAUGUCCUAUUUAUUUAGUUAAGCACUUUUACAAGUAAACUGGAGAAGAUUAUUAGCUAUUUAAAUAAAAAAAUUGCAACUGUUUUAACUUUUAAGUGUUAUUGCAAGUAUUCAGUGGAACACUUACAACUUCUUAAAUGAAACAUUGCAAUCAUUGUGGAUGUAAUUUAUAGUGCAAUUGUUGAUCGUAGUUUUUUUGGUGAUAAAUCAUUGCAACUUUUGGUGUUAACCAACCAUUGCAAUUCUUAGACCAUCUCCAAUGGAGUAUCCAUGAGAGUUCUAUUUCAUGGUUCUAAAUAAUUUUAUACUCAAAAUUAAAUUAAAAACAGGAAAAAUAGAUAGAUAUGGUUCUAAAAAUAGAUGUUUUAGAACCAAUUCUAAGUGAUAGGUGUUAUUUUCUGCCAGGGUGUAAUUUAAAGAAAAAAAUUAAACCCAAUUGUUUUUUCUUUUUCUCUUUCAAAUUUGUGAAACUUGGAACCAUUAAUUGGUUCUACCAUUGGAAGGGUUAAAACUAAACAAGUAUCUAAAUUUUUUAAUUUGAUUAUUUUCAAUUAAAAAAUUGAUUUAGAACUUUGACACAAUAUCUAUUGUUGGAGAUGGUCUUAAUCAUUUAUAUAAGGAGUUGUAGACAUUGACAAAAUCACAACAAUCACAAAUAGACUAGAACAUGGAGAGAUUCAGUGUCAAACAAAAAUAAUAAUAAAAUAAUAAUAAUAAUAAUAAUAAUAAUAAUAAUAAUAAUAAUAAUAUUAUGUUUAAAUGUGUCUUUCCAUUUAAAAUAUUUUUCUUGAUAUAUUUAUGGUUAUUUUCUCACAUUUACUUAUAUUAUACAUUUUAAAAAUCUAUGGAAAGCUUAUGAAUGUGUUUUUUCUCUCCUGUCACACAUUAACUUCUUUGAAAACAAAAAUAAGAUUAUAUAUAAAAUAUAAAUUAUACAAAGUGGCAAAUAUUUUAAAAAUAAAAUGAGUACACGAUAAUAACUUAAAA